AAUCAUCUGUUUAAGAAUGUCAUUGAGAUUCAAUGGCUGGUGGCAAAGUCAAGUUUCGAUUUUUAUUUGUGUUUUUAACACAAACUAACUACGUAAAAUUGUAUUGAGAUGUGCCAUUGCUAACUAGGUGUAAAACUCUAUAAAAUCAGCCCAGAUGGACUGCACAUCGGAACUCAAGGACUUAAGUGGUCCAGACAAUCAAGUCAGCAUUUUGGAGAAUUCCGAUCUGAAUUCGACGUUGGUUUACAUUGCGGUCCAAUACAUUAAUAAGGACAAGACCGAAGAAAAUGUCGCAAUCCCAACGCAAGAAAUCGCGAACGAAUCAUUCGCUGAUUUUGCAACCCCGCAAGUCAGCCCUUUAGACCCCAAUAUGGGUUCAGUGGCUCCCUACAGCCCCGUGACAGUGCACUACCAAGAACCCAACGAACCGGAUUUGGGGCCCAUCAUUAUUCAUCACUAUGUUACUGAGGAUAAUCCUGGCCAGAAACCCUUUGCCGGUAGUCCGCUCAACGAUAUUAAUUCGGGAUUGUCUGCGGAGUUGUGCAGUGGUGAAGAUAUUCAGUCAGCAGAUCCAGAAUAUUCAGAAAUCAAAACGAAUAAUGUUGAAGAAGUCUUCGUAUCCGAUAUUGACCAGAAAGAAGUCGCAUUGCUGAUUACGGAUCAUGAAACUGGCAUAUCGUACAGUGUGAAUGCACAAGAACUUCUCGUCGAACAAUGCUUAAAGAAUUACCAUCAAAUAUUUGAAGCACCAUCUCCCGAUUCUACUAUGGAAACGGAGUUAUUUUCGGCAGGCGAUGGCGUUUUAAAGGCCCAGCUAGACCAGCCUCUAGAUCGACCAUUUACAAUUCCAGUAAAUGAUGAAAUAAUUAGCAGCUAUUUCGGUUGUCUAACGAGUGCUGAUGAUAACUAUUGCGAAGCUGGAGUGUCCACUCGAAGUAGAUGCCCCAACAUAGUUGAUGAAGAGGGAUUACUGUCUUGUGUAUAUAGCAUUACAGAUAAACCCGUUUUGUCAAGGGCACGUGCUUCUUUACCGGAACCCUAUCUAUCUAUAGUUCAAAUUGAAAACGAGGACACUGUUGUGGCCAAGAAAAGAAUACCCAAAAGAACCCAAUUUGGCCCACUGAAGGGGGCUUUACGCGCUUACGAAAGCUGCAAUAUUCAGCUAAAUAGCUUUUUUAUGCUGGUAGAUGGAAUCACUUUUAUUGUAGACGUUUCUGAUGAAAACACUUGCAAUUGGAUGAAAUUUGUCAGGAAAGCCCUAACUUACGAAGAGCAAAAUUUGAUUCUCACUCAGGAAUCAAAUGGACUUUGUUUUACCGCUACAAGGAGCAUAUCGCCUCAUGAAGAACUGAAGCUUGGAUACAGUGUCGGUUAUGCAAAACAGUUCAACCUCGAGAUCCUGAAGCCGGUAAAGAAAUUGUGGUCCUGCUCUGAAUGUGCCGAAAAGUUUUCGACAUCAGACGAACUGCAGGAACAUUUCACUGUUCACGAUAUCGAGUCAGAGGACGGAAAAAAAUCGAAAAGGAAAUACAGAAAAGUGGCUCAGUCGAAAAAGCCGCAAAUCAACAUUGUUGAGUGUAAUAUUUGCGGUCAGAUGUUCAAUGGCAAUGCCGGAUACACGGUGUUGAAGUAUCACAUAACCGAAAAACACAAAGCUGAAAGCGUUAAGAUUGGGCAACAGUUUUCAGUAGUCAGGUGCUUCCAAUGUACGAAUUGUAGCAUGAAAUUUAAAUUGGAGAUGCUGCUCAAUAUACAUAAACUAGAGCACGAUUCCGAGUUGCCGCUGGAUCAACCCAAUCAUGUGUGUCCUCAAUGUCAGCGUAAAUUCCCAACUAGGAAGCAGUUGGUGUUGCACGUGACCAGUCAUGCGAUUGCAAAAAUUACGGCCAAAGACCACUCUGUAAAAUGCCACAUUUGCCACAAGCUUUUUGCCCACUCAAUUAGACUUCAGAAACAUAUGCUGUGCCAUGGAUCGGACGAAACCAAGCCAUUGCAGUGCAAUGUGUGUAAAAAGCGGUUUUUAACAGUACCGGCACUGGUUUUCCACGAAAAAGUCCAUAUGGUUGGUCAGAAACAUUUCGAGUGUCCAAUUUGCAAGGAACGGUUCGAGCUGGUGCGCAAAUUGAAGAAACACGUUCUUAAACACGCCCACAACAACGUCUAUACGUGUCCGCACUGCAAGAAGACAUUUGCUAAAUAUUCAGUGAUCAGGAAACAUAUGAAGUUCCACAGCGAACGGAUACAUCACUGUUCAGAGUGCACGAAGUCGUUUGCAACCGUGGAUAACCUGAAGAAGCACAUGCUGUGCCAUUCGGACCAUCGCGAGUUUUUAUGCGCCGACUGUGGCAAGCAGUUCAAAAGGAAGGACAAACUUGCUGAGCAUAUCAAGAAGCUGCACCUACAGCCAUGCAACAGUCGAAUUCCCAAGGUGAAACCUGCUAAUGGUGCAGCCGCCAAAGAGCCAAUGGACUUUCAUCGGUUUAUCUAUAAAUGCCACAGUUGUCUAGUGGGUUUUAAGCGAAGAGGAAUGUUGGUCAAUCAUUUGGCCAAUCGCCAUCCAGAUAUUAAGCCUGACUCGGUGCCUGAGCUCAAUUUGCCGAUCUUGCAAACCACAAAGGACUACUUAUGCCAAUAUUGCGGAAAAGUGUACAAAAGCAACUCGAAGAGAAAAACCCAUAUAUUGAAAAAUCACCCUGGAGCCGCUUUGCCUUUAGACAAUGGACAGAAAUCGAGCACUGAAACAGGCGAUCAAUCAGCGUCGUUUCCCUCAUCAGGCACGAUAACUACGCGCCCCAAAAAUUGCCAAUGGUGCCAUCGACAGUAUGCGCGAAGAGCGAAAUUGUUACAUCACAUACGAAAAGCGCAUCCAAACAAAAUCAUCGAAGAAGACAUACAACAGAAAGAGAGCACCGCUCGACAAGUACUGCGAUGGAUCCAGGCUGCUUAAAGUUACAUCGAAAGAGAUCGAAAACAAGUUUACAAUUAAUCAGUUUCAUCCUGAUUUCGAUAAAAACCAGAUCUCUACUACUGAUGGCAAUUUGACGAAAAUAACUCCAGCCGUAAUUGAAGGACUAAUGGACGAAGAUUCGAAGUACUGCCAUCUGUCGAUAGUCGAAAAUGAGAUCAUAGAAGGUGGUGAGCUUGAAAACAAUACGCAUUUGUAUAAUUUACUGACUUCCAGUAACGGAUUAAUACCGCCUCGUUAAUGGUACGCACUGUAAUCCAUUUUUGUAAAGAACCAAUCAUAAAGUCCUCUUCCCCCCUAGUAAGUAAGAUUUAUUCUUCUCUAAUUUGCCUCUUAUCAUUCGCCCCUAACUAAAGUAAAUAAAACCCAGGUUAAAACGAUACUAAGCAAGUGUACCCGCUGCUUUUUAUUUGAAUGAGACAUCAAGAUUGGAAAUAAUUAAUAAACGGUAUCAUAUGUACAGAGUGAAUUCAG